UUUUCUCUUUUCCCUCUCUUAUUUACACUCUCAUCGACGUACUCAUCUUUCUCUCUCUCUUUCUCUGCUAAUUAUUUUCCAACUUCAAAUUUUCAGAUACCCAAUCGAAGAAGGAUAAAAGACAACGACGUCUGUGUAGGCUUUCACUCUAUCCCAGUAGCUUCACAAACAAAAACAACCCACAACUGUAAAAAGCGAGUUUGUAGAGAGAGAAAGAGAGUGAGAGAAACAGAGAGAGAGGGAUUGGAGGUACCAAUGGUAGCUGGGAAGGUGAGGAUGGCAAUGGGGCUGCAGAAGUCGCCGGCGCGUUCGAAGCAGGAAACGCCACCUCCGAAACCGCCGCUGCCGUCGCCGAGCUCGGCCAAGGUAACGCAGAAGGCGGUGUUCUCGCGUUCGUUCGGCGUGUACUUCCCACGCUCCUCCGCGCAGGUCCAGCCCCGUCCGCCUGAUGUCACGGAGCUGCUUAGGCUGGUGGAAGAACUCCGCGAGAGAGAGUCGCUGUUGAAGACCGAGCUGCUUGGGCACAAGCUCUUGAAGGAGUCCGUCGCCAUUGUUCCGGUCCUCGAGAACGAGAUCUACGCCAAGGACGCGGAGCUCGAGCGAGCUGCAAAGGAAGUCGAGGGGUUGCAGAUGGAGAACCAGAGGUUGACGACGGAGUUGGAGGAGAUGAAGGCGAAGAUCGAGGAGGAGAGGAGAGAGAGUGAGAAGAAAGUGAAGGCGAUGGAAGAAGAGAUUUUGGAGCUGAAGAAAACGGCGUCGAAUCGCAGCAGAGCGGAGCUGAUUCUUGACAGUGACGAGCUCUCUUCGUCGCAAAGGUUUCAGGGUCUAAUGGAGAUUUCCGUGAAAUCAAAUCUUAUCAAGAGCUUGAAGAAAGCGACGAAAUGUACGGACGCUACUUCUGGUUCGAUUUUUGAGAGCCUGAAGCUCGAAGGAACGGACUCAAAGAAGGAGGAAACGGAAAAUGAGAGGCCAAGGCACUCAAGGUGUAACUCGGAGGAACUCACCGAGUCAGCUCUCGCCGGACUCAGAUCUCGCCCUCCUAGAGUUCCGAAACCACCUCCAAGACCAUCAUCCAACACUCCUUGCGCUUCCUCCGAGACCAAAACUCCAACGGAUAAACCGAUUCCUCCUCCGCCGCCGAUGCCGAAGAAGACAGCACCUCCGCCGCCUCCGUUGCCGCCUAAGGGGAUGAAGGCGGUGCCGGCGAAGGUCAGGAGAGUGCCGGAGGUGGUGGAGUUCUAUCACUCCUUAAUGCGGAGGGAAUCGCGGCGGGACUCCGGCGCCGCCUCCGACGUGGCACCGUCCAGCACUAACGCCCGUGACAUGAUCGGCGAGAUCGAGAACCGCUCCACUCACCUGCUAGCUAUCAAAUCGGACGUAGAAACCCAGGGAGAAUUCAUACGAUUUCUGAUCAAAGAAGUUGAGAAUGCAGCAUUUACAGACAUCGAAGACGUUGUGCCUUUUGUCAAAUGGCUGGACGACGAACUCUCUUACUUGGUGGAUGAAAGGGCGGUGCUAAAGCACUUCGAUUGGCCGGAGAAGAAGGCGGACGCGCUGCGGGAGGCUGCAUUUGGGUAUGGUGAUCUCAAGAAGCUGGAAUCCGAGGCUUCGUCCUUCCGAGACGAUGCCCGCCAGCCCUGCGGCUCUGCCCUCAAGAAAAUGCAGGCUUUGUUCGAAAAGUUAGAGCAUGGUAUUUACAAUCUCUCGCGUAUGAGAGAAUCUGCAACGAAGAGAUAUAAAGUUUUUCAUAUUCCCACGGAUUGGAUGCUUGAUGCUGGAUAUGUAAGCCAGAUCAAGCUGGCAUCUGUAAAACUGGCCAUGAAGUACAUGAAGAGAGUAUCUGCAGAGCUCGAAACAGACGGCAGCGGCAGUCCUGAAGAAGAAGAGUUGAUUGUUCAAUGCGUUAGAUUUGCAUUUCGUGUACAUCAGUUUGCUGGUGGUUUUGAUGUGGAAACAAUGAGGGCGUUCCAAGAGCUGAGAGAAAAAGCCAGAUCAUGCCAUGUACAUUGCCAAAACCAGCAACAACAGAAAUUUACAUGCAGGUCUACUACACCUUGCUAAUUAUAAUCUGUAGCAAACUCAGCUUCAGAACUGCGACCAGUUUUUUGAUGUAAAGAUACAUCUUGAUUGUGAAUAUAAUUAAUGGCGGUGGAGCUGCCAUCUUCACUUAA